CUGCAAAUGGAACCUUGCGACAUUUCUUCUUACCAUGUCGAGUCGUUUAAUUAUUUGGCACAAAAGGGCAUUAAAUUAGCAGCGUUAGAUGUUCCGGCCGAGAAGUUCCGAAUGGAGAAUGGCGAUGCAGUUGAACUAAAGUAUACCGGCGCAGAACUUGGUUAUCCAGCCAUAGAAAAUUCAGGCGCCGGCAAUGUAGACAUGUUGAAAAUUUAUCCAAGUGAGUGUCGGCAAAGGGGUUUAACUUACAGGGCUCCACUAAAGGUCGUUAUUCAAAUAUUUGUAAAUGGCAUCCGAAUAGAGUCUUGUGAAUGUUUGGCUGGAGAGGAACUUUUCGAUGGUAACAAGCAUAUUCAGGUUCCAAUAAUGUUACGGUCAAUUCGGUGCCAUUUGUACGGUCUUUCGAAACAGCAGCUGGUUGCUCGAGGCGAAGAAGCGACAGAAAAAGGAGGAUACUUUAUAUGCAAAGGGAGUGAGAAGGUGAUUCGACUGCUAGUAGCCAAUCGCCAAAACUAUCCUCUUGCAAUUGUUAGACGUUCUUUUCGUGAGAAGGGUAAGAUGUUUACGCAGUACGGUGUGAUGAUUCGAUGCGUGAGAGAAAGUCAUUCAGCUGCAAUGCUUACUCUCCAUUAUCAGGAAAGUGGCGCAAUUUGUGUUGCAAUACAGUUUCGCCGGGAAUUGUUUUAUAUACCCUUAAUGUAUAUUUUGAAAGCCCUUGUGCCAAUGACAGACAUAACAAUUCGUGAUCAUCUUGUUAGAGGUCGUAGUGGUGACAAUUUCUGGAAAGGUUGCGUGAACUCAAUGUUAGCAAUAUGCCAAGAGGAUGGUGUAAUAAAUCAAGAAAAAGCUUUGAAUCUCCUAGGUAGCAAGUUCAGAGUCAUACUUGGUGAAAGAGUCGGUCCAUGGGAAACAGAUGCUGACGUUGCACGUUAUUUGCUGCGCUAUUGCGUUGCAAUUCACUUGAACAGUAAUGAGGAUAAGUUCUUUUUACUUGCUUAUAUGACACAAAAGUUGGUGGCCCUAGUGAAUGGCGAAUGUGCGCCGGAAUCUCCUGACAACCCUCAGUUCCAGGAGGGGCUUGUUUCCGGUCAUAUAAUUUUACUUAUUAUCAGAGAGCGAUUGGAACUCCUAUUAAAUACUGCACGGAGAAGAAUAGAAUCUAAUGAGAAACGCAAGACGCUUCAAGCCACUCUUACGAGUCGGGAUUUGUUGAAGGCGAUUGGUAACCAACGAGGAGGUGGUCCUGUAACACAUGGUUUAGAAUUUUUUCUGGCCACGGGUAACUUGAUCACGAGAGGCGGUCUUGGAUUGCAACAGGACACAGGCUUCUCUGUAAUUGCUGAAAGGAUCAACCACUUACGAUUCGUCUCUCAUUUCAGGCAAUUGUUACAGCAUAUCCUAAAAUAUCCAAUUUGGUUAAAGCGAGCUAUACAUCGCGGAGCAUUCUUUAUGGAAAUGCGCACCACAGAUGUGCGAAAGUUACGCCCUGAAGCAUGGGGUUUCAUUUGUCCUGUACACACCCCAGAUGGAGCUCCUUGUGGUUUACUAAAUCACGUAACGGCAAAUGUUCGCAUAGUAACUGAUUUAUCUCAUACUGAGGGACUACUGCAGUAUCUAGGUGAACUCGGAAUUUUUGGGCAUCAUGAACGUGCGUUUGAGUUAUCUCAAAAGUUGUACAAUGUAAUGGUCGAUGGUCGUUUCGUUGGUUACGUGCCAGUAAAGAAAGCAAAAUUGGUUGAACACCAGCUUCGCCUGGCCAAAGUUAGCGCUAAUGACUCCAGAGUUCCUUAUGUGUCAGAAAUUACUUUAAUUGAAUACUCACCUGACCCAUCCAAAAUACAGACGCAAUAUCCAGGCUUAUAUAUUUUUACUGGCCCAGCUCGAUUAGUACGGCCAGUCUACAACUUAGUAGCCAAAUGCACAGAGUUGAUAGGUACUUUUGAGCAAGUUUAUCUUUCAAUUUGUAUUGACCCCGAGGAAGCCGAGCCUGGUGUUACGCAGCAUCAAGAGCAACAUCCCAGCUGUCUGUUCAGUUUCGCUGCCAAUCUUAUUCCUUUUCCUGACCACAACCAAUCACCUCGGAACGUUUAUCAAUGUCAGAUGGGUAAACAAACGAUGGGGACUCCAGUUCAUGCUUGGCAUUGCAGAGCUGACAACAAGAUGUAUCGUUUGCAGUUCCCACAAGACCCUUUACUCAUGUUGGAAGCAUACCGAGUGUAUGAGAUGGGUGAAUACCCUUUAGGAACAAAUGCUUGUGUGGCAGUUAUAUCUUACACUGGAUAUGACAUGGAGGACGCUAUGGUAAUCAAUAAAAGUUCCUUCCAAAGAGGCUUUGCCCAUGGGACAGUAAUUAAAGUUGAAAGAUUAAAUCUGGCGGUGGACGCGGCAACUGCAAACCUUGUUUUUUUAUCGGAUCCGUCACAUCAAUAUGAUUCCAUUGGUGAGGAUGGGUUACCAAUUCCAGGUCGCUUGUACAACGAAAAUGAUCCAUAUUGUUCUGUUUUUGAUCUGGACAAUGGAAAUUAUCGUAUUUAUAAAUACAAGGCUAGUGAAGCUGCAUUUUGUGGAUUAGUUCGUAUUGUUUACGAAAGCGCUUAUGUUGGGAAACGUCAUGCUUUAAUACAGUGGCGCAUUCAACGUAAUCCAAUUAUCGGCGAUAAAUUUGCAUCCCGUCAUGGGCAGAAGGGAAUUAAUUCUUUCCUGUGGCCUGCGGAGUCGAUGCCAUUUUCUGAAUCAGGGAUGGUUCCUGAUAUUAUUUUUAAUCCUCACGGCUUUCCAUCACGUAUGACUAUAGGCAUGAUGAUAGAAAGUAUGGCUGGUAAAGCGGCUGCUAUGCAUGGUGCUAUUUACGAUGCUUCUCCUUUCGUCUUCAAUGAAGAUUCUACUGCAAUUGAUUAUUUCGGUAAACUGCUUACAUCGGCUGGUUAUAAUUACUACGGUAAUGAAACAAUGUAUUCUGGUGUGGAUGGACGCGAAAUGGAAGUGCAAAUUUUCUUUGGUAUAGUUUAUUACCAAAGGCUGAGGCAUAUGGUAGCAGAUAAAUUUCAAGUACGCGCUACUGGUCCGGUAGACCCAGCAACACUGCAGCCUGUAAAAGGCAGAAAGAAAGGUGGCGGCAUUCGAUUUGGUGAAAUGGAACGCGAUGCUGUGAUUGCACAUGGCGCUGCAUUUGCUCUUCAUGAUCGCCUAUUUAACUGUUCGGAUCGUGACCUUGCUUAUGUCUGCGCGCGGUGCAAGUCUAUUGUGUCCACUAUGAGGGCUUCUCUUCUGUCUCUUCGAGAUGCAAAAAAGAAAUCUCUUGAGGACUUUACUGAAAAGCAAAUCUGCCGAAUGUGCAGGAAGAGUGAUGAAAUUUAUGCAGUCGAAGUACCCCGGGUUCUAAGAUUCUUGGCUUCAGAAUUAUCCACUGUAAAUAUUAAUCUGCAGUUCGAAAUCAAAAUGUCUUCUGGGAUGGCGCAGUAA